CCACUACAGAAGGAAAGCUUUUUGGUAUUAUUUACAGGAAAUGCAGUGUAACGCAAUAUAAAUUGACGUGACGCUAGCUACAUUACUAUGUUGUAAAUGGGAUGUUUCAUAUGCUUUUAAUCUACAGUAGCUAGUAGCUACUAACGUUUGCUUGUUAGCACAUUUUUUUAACUGCUUUUGUGAUGUAACACUGACCCUUGUCCUUUGGUUAGCUAGAAUAAGUAAACACCGUGAAACUAACUUGAACGUUAACGCGAUCACUGACAUUAAAUCAGUACACAGUACAAUAAAUCAGUCACACCUGAUAUGAUUCUUAGCUAGCUAGCAAGAUGGCUUAAUAUGAAGCCUUAUUCAUUAUUGUCUUUACUUCCCAUAUGUUAUUCACAUUAGGUCCCCAUUUGCAUCUUUAAUUUGGGGGAUUGUAUAAUGUCAGAGCCCAAGACCCCCCUCCAACCCCUGCUGGAGACACUUACAAAGGCUGGGUGUUCAAAUGGACAAAUUACAUUACAGGAUACCAGUGAAGGUGGUUUGUCCUGAGCAAUGGCUUGCUUUCCUACUACAUGGAAGAUUGGAUAUAAUGCAGCAUUUUAUCUCCGUGAGACUCCAGAUAUUGUAGCGCGGUAGAUACCUUCACCUGAGAACUCAAAAUGGGGCUCGACUAUAAGCCCCCCUCCUGGUGCUCUUUGGGUUUCCGAGAGAACCCAGGCGGAGAUGGGGCACACUUGUCGAGGAACUAUCAACCUGGCCACGGCAACAAUUGCUGUGGACGACGCUUGCAACUUUGUUUUCGCCAAUUGGCGGGGCACAGACGUACCAUCUGAAGGCCAGCUGUGAGGUGGAGAGGCAGCGUUGAAUCACUGCCUUGGAGCUGGCCAAAGCGAAGGCCGCACGAAUGCAUGCUGAGUCUGAUGACUCUGGGGAUGACUUCCCUCUAAACUCGCCGCUGGGACAAGUCGGUAGUGCCCAGAGCUUGGAGGUCCAGUCCACUCUCAGGACACUGGGCAGCAAGGUGGACGAUCUGAGCACAUGCAAUGACCUCAUCUCUAAACAUAGCUCCGCCCUGCAGAGGACCUGAGCCCUAGGACCAUACGUCGGGACUACCGGCCGUGGUGACUCCUUGCUGCCCCCAGUCCGCCUGGCCUUGCUGCUAUUCCAGUUUCAACUCUUCUGCCUGCGGUUAUGGAACCCCUACCUGUCCCAGACCUGCUGUUUUCAACUCUUAAUGAUCGGCUAUGAAAAGCCAACUGAGAUUUAUUCCUGAUUAUUAUUUGACCAUGCUUGUCAUUUAUGAACAUUUUGAAAAUCUUGGCAUAGUUCUGUUAUAAUCUCCACCCGGCACAGCCAGAAGAGGACUGGCCACCCCUCAUAGCCUGGUUCCUCUCUAGGUUUCUUCCUAGGUUUUGGCCUUUCUAGGGAGUUUUUCCUAGCCACCGUGCUUCUACACCUGCAUUCUAGCUGUUUGGGGUUUUAGGCUGGGUUUCUGUACAGCACUUCGAGAUAUUAUCUGAUGUACGAAGGGCUAUAUAAAAUAAAAUUGAUUGAUUGAUUGAUUGACUAACCUACAAUAGGUAUUAAUUGAGGAGUUGUUAACCAUAGGACAGAAUUAGCUUUUGGGCUUAAAAUGGGUACCAGUUCUUUGUUGGGUUUCUAGGUCUGAAACAGUGUUUUGAGAGAACACGUCCUUAAAUGUAAUCUUGCAAAAUUAUUUAAAGAGAUCUACUUUAAUUUCAAAUGGAUUGUCUGUACAUGUUCAGUGGUUGCUCCACUAAAAGUUUUGCGAUUAUGAUGCGGGACUUAGAGGUAAUUUGUGGUUUAGCACGUUACCCAUGCGUCACCACUUCAUUGCUCCAGACCAGCGCAAGGGGGAGUUAGAGCACUGAUUAUGCUUUUGGGUCCUACUGUGUCUCUAACUGACAAUGAAUGGGCGACAUAAACCUAAAUUGAAACUGAUAAUUGUGCACGACUUCAGUAUUACUUACUAAAACUGUUGUUACACUAAAGUUUUUAUUUUAUUUUGUUAGGAUUAUUUAUAUAAAAGCCCGUUGGAUAUUCUCACAGAUAUAUAAUUAACCCUGUUAUUAGCAGGAUAAUAUAUAUUGGUCAUAUUGUUCAUGACUCCUGAGUGGCGCACAAUGGGAUUGCCUUGCAGGUCUCCAGCUGUAUCCACUGAAAGCUGGAAGGUUCGCGGCACGAGGGCAGGGGACACGGGAUGGGCUGCAGAGCCGCGCACAGAAGACCGACCUAGCCCAUGGGGAAGGGAGGAGGGGGAGUGGGGGGUGUACCCCAGCACACGGCAACACUUUAAGGGGCAUUGCACUAAUACUGGUGCUGACUAGGGAAAUGUUCCCGAUGUUCUGUUCUUAGAGCCAGUCUGCACGUUCAAACUAAAACAAUGUAACUAAUAAUGGCAUCUCUAUGCUUUCGUUAAUAAAAUAAUGAUAAAAAUACUCUUUCAAAAUGACGAUGUUGAUUUAGUUAUGGAUCCAUAACGAAUUACUAUGGGAAUAAAUAUCACUAAAUUACAGAAAUAUCCUCUAUGUAAUUGUUGAGUAAUGUGCUGUUAAAAAAUGGUGUAGGUCUCAUUUAUUUAAAGAGCAUAUUGAAGUUAGAAGCAAUAGCCUACAACUAUUUUAGCAUCGUUCCGCGCUGCUCUGAGACAAGCAUGGGGACUGGUCUUGAUAAAUCAAUGAGAUUUUAUUUUGACUGAAUCUCCGUUUGAGUAUUGGUUAGACUACAAUUAGAAAAUUAAGGUGUAGAAAUGUUAUGCUCUUAGUGUAACCUUUAUUGAACUAGGUAAGUCAGUUAAGAACAAAUUCUUAUUUACAAGGACAGCCUACUCUUUCCUCCCCGUCGGGAAAUGAACCUGGGUCUCCCGCGUGCCCGCACGACACAAGGAGUCUUUAGCUAAAUAGCCCAGUACUGUACUGCAGACCGUCACAAUGUACAGCACCAUGUUUUCAGUUCCAUCCUACCGGAAACCCGGAUGGUUUUUGGUUUUUCUUAGAAUAGAAACACCAUAAUAUUAAUCAAAUUAACCCCAAACUCUAAAAGUAAUUGGAAAGGUAGAUACAAAUUAUUUGUGACAUUGUGGUUACAAUAAAGAAUGUAAACAAGAUGCUGUGGUUUUAUUUACAAUAGUGAUGGACAGCUGGUGGCAUUUUGACAACAGGUUUUCAAACACUUGUAGCCCGAUUAGCAGGACAAAAUACUGUUUAUAGCCCGGCUACUGUAGGUGUGAACAUCCCCUACUUGCAAUGGGCCAGCCCACGGACAGCCGUUGACGACCCGACCAGAGGCUUAUGGAGGUGGGCCAGUGGAAUGAGGCCAACGCAGAGAAACAGAGGCUGGAGGAGAAGCAGCGUAGUGUCCGCCGUGAGAGGGAACGGGAGGCCGCCAGCCAGCGUACCGCCAGCGAGACAGAGGAAGGUAACUGAGAAAAGGCUUUUCCUCAAGUCCCUUCAUUUUCCAUCGGUCUCAAUCGGAAUAAGUGUUAUACUGUAAGACUUGAAAAUGAAGGCCACUUUCGUGACCCUUUUUCUUCUCCCACAAGCUGUCGAUGAGGACUCUUUUACUGACCCUUCUCUGAAAAGCAAGUAUCCCUCUUUUGCCUGUUUUCUGUGCUUCUCUGUCUGUUUUUGUCUCUCACACUUUCAACAUCGUUUCAAUUAAACAAGUUUCUUGGAAGCAGUUUAAGGUCACUUUAUAAAUCAGCUUCUCUUUUUCACAGGUCCAAUACACUAAAUAUCCCAUUCAUUUUUUAAUCAGGCACUCACCAAGAUAACUACACGGCGCAGUGGUUUAAACGCUGCGAGGACCCCGCCAUAGGUGAAUUCACUCACAUUUAUAAGGGAGGCUAAGGAGAAAGGCAGCUGGGAGUCCUGUCCCGAAAUAUACUGACCUCAUAAUGGCUGUCUUUGACUAGAAAGUUUCCCCGGAUGUAACCUACUUCAUUGGACCCUACCAAUGAACAGCUACACUCCUCCCCUUGAGUGGAUGUUUCACUCCACUGGCUCUCUGUUCUAAGAGAUCUAGAUGCGGCAGUCUGAUCCAAUGGGUGAAUGGGGUAUUCCUAAGACUUGGUUCCAUUUGAGUCCCUAGCCCCUCUUUCCUCAGCUUCUACCCUGUCAGUGUUUACAGAUCUGAAGGGUAUCCUAGGUGAAGGCAAUAUGGCGGAAACCUCACUCCUUCUACAAAAGGGCUAGGUGGAGCCUUCAUCACACUGUGUACUCCUUCACAUUUGCAAAAAGUCAUAUGGUGUGAGGAAAAGGGACAUGAAACUGAAAUGGAACUGGGCAUAAGUUUUCAAUAAAAGUAAUCUCUGUCUUUGGCAUUAGUGGCGUGAGCCCAGAGCAGAUGAGGUUAGAUAACAGUUACACCUCUACCUACCAUAUUGUGCCGAUAGCGCUCUCUGAAGCUAUAUACUAAUUUUCCUCUCUUCAUCAAGAGCCUUGUGGUUGGGGGUAAACUUUUUUUUUAUUAAAUGGAAUGAAACUCGGUUAAUAUAAUUAGUCAUUGAAACAGUGAUUGGUGGCCUUCAAGAAGUUGGAGAAGGUUUCUCAUUUUAAGUUCUGUUGAUUAGUGUAUUUAACAAAUGAACUAAAGGUUUCGGGGUGUCUGCUAGUAUGAUUGUAUGUGUUCAUCCAUCGGAAGCUUUAUGAAACGCAUCGUUGUGCCGUACUGCCAUCAUGCAGAAUCAACACAAAUCAACAAGUGGGUGCCCAGAAUACUGUAUGUCCCUUCUCUUAAAUAGUAAUUAUUGUACUGUAUCGGUUUUCUUACCCGGGCCUUGUCUUUCUCAUAAUCUAUGGUCAUGGAAAUGAUGAGAUGGUGAAAUUAACUUUUUCAUAGGGGUGCUCUUGGGUUGAAGUUGUUAGAAGUAGACCUCUUGUCUGGUUCUUGGCUGGCUCUCUUAGUGUCCUUUUCUGUCAUCCCUGCUCUCAUCUCCAAUGAGUGGACACACAGAUAAUAUAAAAUUUCUUUAAAAACAAAUCAGCAGAACAUAAUCAAAUCCACUGAACGACAAACCCAUUAUCCCUUUGCGAAGAAAAUGCAUAUUUCAAGAAAAAUUUCAAUUGAAGUUUAAUUUAACCGAGUAAAAAUUAAUAGCAUUACUUAAAAGCAUUUUCGCAGUUUAGGAACAAUGGUUUCUACCCACAGUAUGUGUUUGAUGGGAAAUAAUAGUAGCCGUGAGCUACACAUGGUAUUCGCAGUUGCUAAAAAUAGUUAUGGUAAAUGCUUAGUGUGUAUUUGUGUAGUUAAGCGAGCAAGUCUGACAUCAAGGGGAAAUCAAUUCUGAGGUGAAAAACUGUCACUUAACUGUAUUCAUUUCUGUUCUGAAGAGUACAUAUGCAAGUGUUUGACACCAAAAAAUAUGGGAUUUACUUUGUUUCAUAACAAUGUUGUUUAAGUGUACUUAAAAUGAAGACUUUAAAACCAUUGCAAAUAACUAUGAUUUUAUAUAUGUAUAGAAAAUGGAUUACUAUAUAGUAAUGAUGAUAAUGGUAUGGUUGUUUUAUUUGGUUUUGGUGUUGUUUUUUUUUCUGAAGCGGAAUGUCUUCAUUUUCAUGAAAGGUAGAUCCCUUUCAAAACAGUAAUCAUCAUGUGUGUGAAAGGACAUAUGACACUAUUGUUUUUAAGAUAAACCAAUCUGUCUAAAGCAAUUACUAUCAGAAUGUCAAACAGGUUGCUGUCAUACUUUUGUCCCUCAUUUAUUUAGUUCUAUUUGGAAUAUUUUUCACUGUUAUUAAUUGGACAACAAAAAAGGAAGGUUGGUUGCCAAAUAAUUUCAAUAGAAAAUAAUAUAUCUGUCUUGUUUAGUGCAAGCUGUGUGACAUUGAUGGAGAUUACUUAAGAUUUUGACAAUGAAAUAAAAAAAGUUACGUGAAAUCAUUUGUGUGCAUCUGGAUAUAUUUUUUUGCCAUUUGGAUCAAGCUUGAUCUUAAUAUACCUGGUCCCUCAGUCUCAAUCUCUCUCAGGGUGUAGCCCCGCCCUUUUGUUUGUUUCACAGCGUUUCAACUGAUGGGUGUUGUGCUAGUUGCAUUAAAACCAUUUGCAGUUAUUAUGAGGAAGACAGCGAAUGUUGGUACUGUUCAAAUGGGUUGCAUGCUGGGAUGUGUGAUGUCAGUCAUCUAUGCUCAUACACUAAUGAUUGUUUGGGUUGUAUUCCUCACGCUAUUUUUCAAGUCUCUCCGAUUACAACUGACCUGAGAAUCGGAUAUCCCCCCUUCCAUGGUCUGGUGGUUGGCAAAAAAGCUAUUUGUUUCUAUUUAAUUUUAUUGAACAUGAUUAUAGUAAUUAACUUGAUUUGUACGUCUUUUUAAUUCAAGUCACUGUCCAGAACCUUUCAAAACAACACUUGAUUGAGACACCAUUUAUUUAGAGGUGUGUAGCCUUUGCAAAGAUAAGUUAUCACUAAAACAAUUUAAUUCUUCAGAAUGAACUGUGUAUGACUAUUCUCUAUUAAUUCUUAUUUUACAGGCUCACACCUCUGUCUUUAUAUUUAAAUGACAUGUUAUGAUAAGGCUAGCCAUCUCUCCCGACGUGUACUAUACAGUAUGUAAUUCUGGCCUCUGUCAAUGCCAAUGGAGCAGAUUUGCUUUGAGCCAACAUUUGAAAGGGCUGACUGGAACCUACCAUCCUAUACAUUGUACAGUGUGUGAGACCCUGCUUGGCGAGGGGCUUUGGAGCAGGCUGACUGGACAGAGCCGUUGGGACCGAGGCUGUGUGAAAGGAAGGGUGGAGUUUCCACAUCGCAUUGAGUACACACUGCUGUCUGCAUCACUGUGCAGUACCGCCAGUCAACUGGAGAGGAGUGUCAUAGAAGGGGGGGGGUUGCACAACAGCAUACAGGCCGGCACAGGCUACAUUACUAUUGAGAGGGAGGGAUGAGAAUGCUGAAUCAGUGAAACUGCAUGAAAGCCUGGGAGAGGGUGAACCGCAGGAGAGAGGGAAGGGAGAGAUAGCCGCAAGGGCGAAAGUUCAAAGGUUAAACGUUCACGGUGAGCUUGAGGUGGCCGUACACCUUGCUGCAGACCAGGAAAGGAAGCCAAGAUGGAAGGAAGGGAGGUGGUGUUGCCGACUGUGUCCCGCGUUGCACUGUGUGGUGGUACCCAUGGCAACGAGCUGUCAGGAGUGUACCUGGUGAGAGAGCGGCUGAAGAAGAAGGUGGAAGAGGAAGACCACUUCUCCGUGGUGACCGUGAUGUCCAACCCGCGUGCCGUCCAGCAGUGUCGGAGAUACACAGAGACAGACCUGAACCGCUGCUUCACCCAUGCCACCCUUAGUGGGCCUGUGACAGACAAAACCCCCUAUGAGAUAGUCCGGUCCCAGGAGCUGAACACCCUGCUAGGUCCUAAAGGUAGUCCAGAGGCCAUGGACCUGGUGUGUGACCUCCACAACACUACCGCUAACAUGGGCCUGUGCCUCAUCGCCUACUCCGACUGCGACUGGAUCUCUCUUCACAUCUACAGAUACCUGCAGAGACAAAUGUCUGACAUACCUGUGAGGUUCAUUCACUUCGACCUUCCCCUCAAUGAAGCAUAUUCCCUCGAUUCGGUAGGCAAACAUGGCUUUGCGAUUGAGAUUGGUCCUCAGGCCCAUGGAGUAGUCAGGUCCAAUAUUUUAUCCACAAUGCAAGAAGGGGUCCAGCACAUGCUAGAUUGGGUCCACCUCUUUAACUCAGGUACCCAGUUUGAAGGAGGAAAAGUGGAUGUGUACACCAUGGUGAAAAAUGUGGACUACCCAAGAGAAUUUGAGACCCACGGUAUUACAGCCGCCAUUCAUCCUCAACUCCAGGAUCGGGACUUCUGCCUCCUCCGCCCCAAUGACCCUGUGUUCCAGACUUUUUCUGGAGAGACACUAAAGUACAAAGGGACUGAGCCACUCUAUCCAUUCUUCAUUAACGAAUGUGCGUACUAUGAGAAGGGCAUAGCUCUCUCCCUUGCAAGACAAAGGAGUGUGGGGAUACCAUCCAUCCGAUCGGAGAGAGAAGGAGAACAGGGAAAGAGGAAGAGUUCAGCAGAAGAAAUGGAGGAGGAAGAAGAAAUUAAAGGGGAAAUGGAGGAGGAGGGCUAUCAGAAGCUAAUGGAAUAUGGAGAGGAGAGUGAUUCACUAAAUGGACAAUACAACUGAGAGCUCAUUUCAAGUUAUUGAUAUGAAUAGUGGAUAAAAAUAAAUACAAAUAUGUAAAAUGAGACACGUUGAUCAAAUGUAAUGAACUUCAAAUAAUAAUAAAAAAUCCUUUAUUGAAAUGA